CCUUUGGCUGUUUAGACAUAUGCACGUGUUGCCUGCCAGUGCAUCCCUAGCCGUGGUUAUAUGAACGCUACAGAGACGGAUCAAGUUAGUUUAUGGCAGCUAAUCUUCUCCCACCAGACCGCAUCAUCCAAUCUCCCAGGGGGAUUGAUGUGAGCACGUGCCUCUCUUGGGUUCAUGCAAUCGCGCCUCCUGUAGAUUACAAUGGUGUUUGUAACCUAGAAGACCUUCGUUUGUUCUAUUUUUUAGAAGGCCUCCUUCAAGAGUUUGUUGCAAGACAUGCAAGUAUAAACGGUAACACGAAGAUGACAUUCAACAUCCACCAACUCCUUCACCUGACAAAGUGUGCAGAAGCCCUGGGACCCCUGUGGGCACAUUCAGCGUUUGUGUUUGAGGGAGGUAACGGUGUGCUCCUAAAGUACGUAACAGCAGCAAAGGGUGCACCAAACCAAGUCUUGGAGAGAGUUGCAAUGCUGCAAGAGCUCGACCUAAUAUUAUCGUGUGUGACACUCUCUCCACGUGUGGGCCGCAUAUGUGAAAACAUGCUGGGAUACAAAAGAAUACAAAGCGCAACACAACUGGACGAGGCAUCCCUGCUAGGACGCCCAAAGCACGUUACAAACCUCACACGCGUCGAGAAAAGUGCACUGCAGCAGGUUUGCACUGCCUGUCCACAGUCAGGUUUAGAGUAUUAUCGCAUUGUUGUGAAGGACAUCGUCCUGCAUAGUCAGAACUACUCAAAACCUUGCAAGAGCGAUAGCAGUGUAAUAGUGACAAAACAAAAUGAGUUCCUUCAGAUCAGGAGAAUACUGCAAGUCUCGGAUAGUGGCCACCCGAAGUGCGUACUUCUGUGCAAAAACAUUCUUGUGCGUGACACACCUGAGGUAGCAAGGUUUCCAAGCUACUUGAAGGAGUGCUGUGUAUCACCGCAAGAGACUCUCCGAGCAAUCCCAAUAUCAGAGGUCUAUAGCGUAUGCCUUUUCAUAAGCUUUCCUCGUGAGGAAAAGGCAUAUGUAUGUACACUUCCAAAUCGUAUUGAGAAAGAUUAGUGCAUAUAUGAGAAAGUGCAUGCUUGCCUUCUCUAGCCAAAUGUUCAUGUUUUGUAAAUAAAGCACAGUGUCAUGUCA